AUGAAGACUGCGUCCAUUGCAUCCAUUCCCUUCCUCUUGGUCACUACAUUCGCAAUCGCCACGGGCUGCCAGCUUCCUGAUACCAUCAAGGAUGAAACGGGCCAAGUCAUCCCCAUUUACUUCUUUAAGAACAUGUUUUCCGGGAGAAGCUUGUUUUACCCGCAAGAAGACGAUGGACGAGUAGGAGCGGUACAGCAUGCAAAUCAUAAUUGUAUGAGGAAUACGUGGUAUCUCAGACUCCUCGACUCCUGCCCCAGCACCUACAAGGGCUCCAGGCACAAUAGCUGCAUGGUCCUGUACAAUGUCCUCAAGGGAGAACGUUUGUCCAUUGCGUCGGAUGGAUCCGUCAGGACUAUUCCCAAUAGCAAGCUGGAGGACCCCUUGGACGAGAUCAAGCCCAAUGAGAUGUUUGUAUGGGAGACGAGGCAAGACACUGACCGCUGGCAAAGUAAGCGCGUGCCCGCAGAGUCUUGCAAGGGCCAUGGUUCAUUUUGCGAUAUCAUUGCCCUCAGAGUGGCCGAUGGAUCCAAUAGGAACGUGUUUGCCCGAGAAAAGUAUAACCGAUUGGAACACUUUGGUUCCGGAGGAGGAGGUACGGUGUGGGCGGAUCAACAGUGGAGUGCCCGAGAAAUGUGGGACUGA